GCAUGAAGCUGACCAAAGCCCAGUACGAUGAAAUAGCCCAGUUCCUGGGGCACGUGCAGCCCACCCGGCAGAGCCUGAGGAAGCUGAAGGAGAAGUUCCCUAGUCAAUCGCAGUCCACUCUGCUGAGCAUCUUCUCCCAGGAGUACCAGAAACAAAUCAAAAGAACACAUGCCAAGCAUCACACUGCUGAAGCUAUUGAAACUUACUACCAAAGGUACCUGAAUGGGGUGAUGAAAAAUGCAGCUGCCCCUGUAUUACUGGAGCUGGCCAAUGAGGUGGACUUUGCCCCAUCGUUGAUGGCUCGUAUUGUGUUAGAAAGAUUUCUACAAGAAAAAGAACAAGCCAUCCCCUCCAAAACUCUUAUAAAUAGUAUGCUGCGGGACCCUUCUCAGAUUCCAGAUGGAGUUCUAGCAAAUCAAGUCUAUCAGUGUACUGUGAAUGACUGUUGUUAUGGACCACUGGUGGACUGCAUCAAACACGCUAUUGGACAUGAACAUGAAGUCUUGCUGCGAGAAAUGCUCUUGGAAAAAAAUCUCUCUUUCAUAGCUGAAGAUCAGCUUCGUGCAAAAGGUUAUGACAAAACACCAGACUUUAUUUUAGAAGUGCCAGUGGCUGUUGAAGGACACAUAAUUCACUGGAUUGAAAGCAAAGCCUCAUUUGGUGAUGAAAGUAGCCACCAAGCCUACCUGCAGGACCAAUUUUGGAGCUACUGGAACAGAUUUGGCCCUGGAUUAGUCAUCUACUGGUAUGGAUUUAUUGAAGAGCUGGACUGCCAUCGUGAACGUGGUAUCCUGCUAAAAGACUGCUUUCCUACUGACAUUGUGACUCUGCGACACAGCAUGGCUCAACGCUGAUGUUGGGAGGAGGAGGAGGUACUGUAACAUGCAAUUUUCUGGCAUACUGAAGUCCGACAGAACAAUGUGCAGGAGCUCUCUAUGUGGAUUACUUCUGAAGAAGAUUACCGUCCUGGUGUUCAAGAAGGGGAAUAAAAAAAAAAAGGAUAAAACAGUGCUUCAUACUAGAUCAGUUCCACAAGACAAAUAAAGCACACAGAUGGGCAUAUGUUUCCUGCAUACUUAGGUAUUCUUGUAAGAGCAUUGUUUUCCUCUUGUUGGAGCCACCGAGGUCAGAGGUACGUUGAGGUGGGUGUAAGCCCUCCUUGAAGUUUCGAGGAGUUCAAUCUCAUUCUAUUCCCAUCCUCAUUGCCUCUCAGAGGGGCAGUAUCAGGCCUCAGGUUUGUGCUCUCAGUUAGAGGUUUCUUAAUGAUAGCGGCUUAUUGGGCUUGACACUCUUUAAUACUCUUUCUUUUGCUGACUGGCAUCCAGGAAAGGCCAAAAUAUUUUAAAAAGUCAAUGGGAGUUUUGCAUGUAUGCUCACCGUGAUCAGAGUUUCAGAGAAGUUAAGCAGAGGUACAGAUUGUGUUGGAGAAUUAAAGGUGUGAUAACAGUCUCCCUAAAGCACAAGCUGAUAAGCUCUUCCAUAAGGAAAGGGUCUUUAAAACAUUACAGUCCGUAUUCAUCAUCUUUUUCAGUCGAGGUGAUACUUUGUGCGCCUGUAUGAUUUCAAAAAUCACAUGCAGACUUUUUA